UUACGUCGAAUAGUCAACGAUAUUUAUUCACAAUGUAUUUCCCCGUUACCCGACCGCUGCUUGGCAUGGUAAUUUCAUAGACGCCGUAGUUGUCACCAGUAGCGUCACGCCAAACAACGGGGGGCACGAGACACGCCUAAAGAGAGCGCAACGCCAUUCACUGCUAGCAUUGAUCGCGGAGACAGUGCGCCGAAUUCUAGAGUAUCUUCACUUCACGACAUUCGACUGUUUCUUCCUACAUGCAGCUACCAAGAUGUCGAUCAGAGUGGUAGCGAGGAUACGUCCGUUGCUGAAGGCGGAGAUUGAACGCGACAUUAUCGUCACGGCCGCCGAAAAUGAGUCCGAUUCCGCGGAAGUGAAGAGCAUCAUCCGGAUACCAAACCCAAAGAACGAGGCGGAGCUUUAUUCUUUCCAGUUCAGCAGCGUUUACGAUCAGAAUGCAACACAGGCGAAUUUGUUCGAUGGCGAAGUCGCGCCGACCGUCAAGCAUCUUUUCAAAGGCUACGAUGUUACCCUUUUCGCAUAUGGAGUCACAGGCACAGGAAAGACGCACACGAUGCGCGGUGGGAAGAAGAUGGAAGAACGAGGUGUAAUCCCGCGACUGCUUUCGAGCAUAUAUCGACGCGCGCGUAAGAUUGAAAAAGACAGCGCUGGCGCAACACAAGUCGAGGUGUUGAUGAGCUAUUAUGAAAUUUACAAUGACCGAGUAUUCGACUUGUUUGAGGCACCAGAGAAGCGAACGGCAGCGGGAUUGCCUAUACGCGACAACCAGAGUGGAAAAGCCAUCGUGGUAGGACUGUCGGAGAAACCAUGCACAUCGUUGAAGGACUUUGAGCAAUUAUAUGACCAGGCCAAUCUUAACCGCUCCACUUCGGCGACCAAAUUGAACGCGCAUUCGUCGCGCUCGCACGCGAUCUUGUGCGUCAAGGUCUCACAGACUACCGGUGACGAAGUUCGCGUUAGCACUGCAUCGGCAAUUGACUUGGCUGGAUCAGAGGACAAUCGAAGGACUGACAAUGACAAGGAACGAAUGGUGGAGAGCUCCAGCAUUAACAAGUCUUUGUUUGUGUUGGCAUCUUGUGUGGAAGCGAUUUCGAAGAAGCAACGCGCUCCCUAUAGGGACAGCAAGAUGACGAGGGUUCUGGCAUUGGGCCAGAACAAUGGCUUGACCAUCAUGAUUCUUAAUCUCGCGCCAGUACGGAGCUACCACCUUGACACGAUCAGCAGCUUGAAUUUCGCGAAUCGCACGAAGAAGAUCGAGGUAAAUGAAAUCGAGAAUCAACCUUUCUUCAAGGACAAUGGCGGGAAGAACAAGCUUGACACAGUUGCGCCUGCUGGGCCUGCGAUGAAUCGACAGCCACUUCGACCAAAGCUCCUUUCACAAAAUAGUCAUCUUCGUGAUGUAACGACCGCCGUACCCAAACCCAUGAAGUCAUUCGCUGUCUUCACCGACAAAGUUAAGCCGGUUCUAAAACCCAUCCAUACAGCCAAUACGAGUCAAGCACGCACUAUUUCAGGUGUCCCAGUUCGAUCACCAAAACGGACCAGCAGCGAAGCUUUGCACUCUACCAGUCGAGCUGCCAAAUUUGCCCGACCGAAUCCUAGCACUAGCAGUAUGGUGGAAGCUGGCAUGUCCAAGGAUGCGAUCGAGGCGUUGAUCGAACGAAAGGUGACUGAAGCCCUCGCCGCUGGUCGAGCGGCUGCUGAAAAUACGACUGUCGCGACCACUCAAGAUCCGGUCUCGGAUGAGAUGCAGAAACGACUGCUCGCACUCGAGCGUCGUGUGGAGGGCCAAGAGAACGAGCGUGCUGAGGGCCUACAAUAUCUCCUCAUGGCGAAGCAACAUCAGGUGCGAGGAGAGGAUUCAAGUGCGUUAAAGAUGUAUCGUUUGGCAUUGCCGCAUUUCCCGGAGAAUGAGAAAUUGAUGCGGAAGAUUGUCAAUCUACAGAACAAGCUCUCGGAAGGGAGUGCCACGGAGGGCAUCACGACGGAUUCGACGACAGAGAAGCCUCAUAAGUCAAGGAGAAAGCCAAAAGACGAGGACCUAGAUGAGAGCUGGCAUGAGGAUGAAAACGCGGCAGCGACAAAUCACAAAAGGACCUCUCACAACGAUGAAGAAGACGAUGAAGAAGACGACGGCUUCAUUUAUCGUCCUCGACCCAAGCCUCGAAGGCCACACAUGGCAAACCUCAAUCGUGCCCCAACCAUUGGCAUUGCAGCCGCGACAAGUCCUACUACACAGCCCCCGACUACCCAUGAAUCCUAUCUUGAUUACGACGACUCUCUCCCAUUCCCCGCCCAAACCCCUCGCACAAAGCGUCUCAUCGCCAUCAUCAACACGCGCGACGUAAACCAGAUCAAACUCCUCAAAGGCGUCGGUGCGAAAAAGGCCGAGGCAAUCGUAAACUGCCUGUGUGAUCUCGACGACCUCGUCGAUCACGAUAGCAGCAGCAGCAGUGACGAGGAGAAGAUGGAACGAAAGACGCUGGUGGAGAAUCUUUCGCAAUUAGGGAAGCUUAAAGGUGUGGGCGCGAAGACGGUGUGGAAUAUGAGGGUGGGAUUGGGAGAGUUCUGAUUUGUAGAUUUUCGGGGAUGAGGGUUCUUUGAUUCUGAUGAGUAGCAUUUGGGCUGGGAGUUUCUCUUUUUGCAUAGCGGGUUUGGGGGCGGUGCGGUGUUCUUUGCUCCAUUCUCUUCUUGGGACAUUCAUGAUCAUGGCGAGGUCAUCUACGGGAAUGAAGGCCGAUCCACCAGAUCAUUUCGCCUAAUGCACUUCUACUUUCGCUUCCGUUCAUCCUCAUCAGAGGCAAUGAAGCAUCGAACGGCAACCUUUCCAAGAGAU